UGUAGGCAACUUUAAAAAAAGCAUCAUUUUGGAUCUUAGUCCACUGUCUAGAGCAAAAUGGCCUCAGCUCAUGACAGAGCAGUUUUACAGGUCAUCUUUAACCCUAGCAGCCCUUUUGGAGAUAUCCCUGGAUUAAAUCAAGAAGAUGAGCUGACAGACAAUGACAGUGUUUUUGAAUCAGAGCUAGUGAAACAGGUGAAAGAUCUGGAACUGCAGGGAGUUUCUGCUGCUGAGUCUGGAGACCUACCCUCUGCUCUUCAGCAUUUUAACCAGGCCAUCCGGAUCCUGCCUCAGAGGGCUUCAGCCUACAACAACCGAGCCCAGACCAAACGCCUGCAGGGAGAUACGGAAGGUGAUACGUUUCUUCUUUCUCCCCCAGAAUCAGCUGAAAAGGUUUCCAACUUUAAUUUCUGCAGUUCUUUUUUCAGAGACCAUAAUGAAAAUGCAUUAAAAUGGCAACAACUUUCAUUGAUGUUCGCACAAAACGUGAUUAUAAGGGCAGAUUAUCGCUUAAUAAGAGCUUAUUUUCGUGCAUUUCCUUUACAACAACCGAGCCCAGACCAAACGCCUGCAGGGAGAUACGGAAGGUUGUCGGGUCGUGAUGAGGAGGCUCGGGUGGACUUUGAGAAGGCAGCAGCUCUAGGCAGUGAGUUUGCCCGGCAGCAGGCUGUGAUCUUGAACCCCUACGCUGCCCUAUGUAACCGCAUGCUGUCAGAGGUCAUCGAUAAACUACGCAACCCAGAAAUGUCAGACAUGCCAUAG